UAUGUGUCGCUUCCACAUCUCCGAGCUGAGAUCUUCACUCUCCUCCGUCGUUCCGAGACAGUCACGGCACGAGCUCAUGUGCUCUUUACUUGUUUUUUUAUUUUUAUUUUUUCCUUUGGUGUUGUUGUGCAUCGGUUAAGGUUUGGUUUAUACGAGGAGCAAGUGUCCUCUGAAUGGAAGCGCAAAAGGAAGUGGCGGGAGUUCCUUUUAUUUCCUUCUACUUGUCGAAUUCGCGAUUCUUAGAUUUCGAGGCAUGAUGAUUGUUCGCCUUUGCUCUGGUUCCUAUCAUUUUCGUGGCGUGAUUAGCCAGACACUGUUUUGGCGUUCUUGAUUUCCAAGCGAGCAGGUUGAGUCGCUGGUGAAUGUCGACCUGACUUGAGUAGGCUGGCGAUUGUAACCGGUAGUUGUAAUUGGCCUCGACCGUCGUAACCGGAUCAACGUGUUUUGGUGGGUAAAGUUUACGAGGAAAUCGGGUCAAUCUCGUGAUAUCGUAACGAUGUUCAACUAAGCACUUCUUAUGGGUACUUAGUGCAUGUAGUAUGGUGUAAAUGCGGCGUUUAUCCUCAUUGGUGCAUGGUAUUUUCUGUUCAUAGUGAUGAUUCUUCCAUGCUGAUUCCUCUGGUUCUUAAUUAAGCAUUAAGGCCAAGAUGGUAUUUGGUUCACUGGAGUUUUGGAUAAAAGCAGUUCCCCGUGGCUGUUGACCUUUGAUCGGCUGUUUCGUUGAUCUCCUCAAAGGGAUGAUACUCUCUGCUCUUCUAACUUCUGUCGGGAUCAAUCUUGGGCUCUGUCUUCUGUUUUUCACUUUAUAUUCCAUUUUGAGGAAGCAGCCUGGUAACAUCACUGUAUAUGCACCUCGCUUAGUUGCUGAACAUAAGAUUAACGAGAGGAGGCAGUUCAAUCUCGAGAGUCUACUUCCUUCUCCUGGGUGGGUGAGACAAGCAUGGCAGCCCACCGAAGCAGAACUAUUGUCACUCUUGGGCCUGGAUGCUGUUGUUUUUAUGCGUAUUUUCAUUUUCAGUAUGAGAGUAUUUAGCUUUGCUACGAUUGUUGGGAUUGGCAUUCUCCUUCCUAUCAAUUAUCUGGGUACUCAGCUAAGUGAUGAUUCUGAACUGACAGACAAGUCGCUCGACUCUUUCAGCAUUUCGAAUGUCAAUGACGGUUCAAACUGGUUGUGGAUCCACUUUUGUGCUGCAUAUAUUUUUUCAGGAGUGGUCUGCUACCUUUUAUAUUAUGAGUAUAGCUAUAUAUCUGACAAGAUGAUUAAUUGCUUAUACUCAUGCAAACCUUUGCCUCAUGAUUUUACUGUACUUGUCCGUGGUAUCUCCACUUCAUUGGGACACACCGUCAGUGAAGAUGUAGAGAGCUUUUUCACAGAGUACUAUUCCUCCACGUAUCUUUCCCAUUCUGUUGUUCGUCGAACCAGCAAACUUCAAAGUCUCAUAAGUGAUGCAGAUAAGCUGUACAGGAAACUGGCUCACUUAAAAUCGAAUAAGGAUACUCCAAGAAGGUUCAAACGUGAGGGUUUAUUAGGUCUUUUUGGACGACAAGUUGAUCUUGCAGACCAUUAUGAGAAGAAGUUGGACGAUCUAGAACAGCAGGUGAGGAUGGAGCAGUCUUUGUUAGCGGGACAGGAAGUUCCAGCUGCCUUUGUCUCAUUCAAGUCACGCUUUGGUGCUGCCACAGCUCUGCAUAUCCAACAGAGGAUUAACCCUACCGAGUGGGUCACUGAGCAAGCUCCUGAACCGCAGGAUAUUCACUGGCCGUUCUUUUCUGCAUCAUUCUUAAGAAGAUGGAUCUGCAACCUGGCUGUGGUGGCUGCAUGUAUUGCCAUAACUAUUUUAUUUCUCAUUCCAGUUGUAAUAGUGCAGGGUCUUACUAAUCUGGAUCAGCUGGGGACCUGGUUCCCUUUCCUUGAAGGAUUGUUAGAAAUAACGUUCGUUAGUGAAGUGAUAACAGGAUAUCUUCCCAGUUUGAUUCUUCAGCUGUUCCUCUCUCUUAUACCCCCUGUCAUGGUGGUACUUUCUUCGGUGCAAGGAUAUGUAGCCUUUAGCCAAAUACAAAAAAGUGCAUGUAUCAAGGUGUUGUUGUUUACAAUCUGGAACAUUUUCUUUGCAAAUGUACUAUCAGGCUCGGCUCUCUACCGAGUUAAUGUCUUCCUUGAGCCCACGAAAAUUCCUGCGGUACUUGCUGAGGCUGUUCCUGCACAGGCAUCAUUCUUCAUUGCGUAUGUUGUAACAUCUGGAUGGACCAGUGUAUCGUCAGAGCUUUUCAGGCUGCUUCCACUCAUCUUUCAUUUUUUGGCGAAGGUCUUCGCUAAAAAAGAUGCUGAGGAAUUUAAGGUUCCGCAGAUUCCUUACCACAGUGAGAUACCCAAAAUUAUCUUCUUUGGGGUUCUUGGUAUAACAUACUUAAUCCUUGCUCCACUGAUUCUGCCAUUCCUCCUGAUUUAUUAUUGCAUGGGAUACAUUGUCUACCGCAACCAGCUACUGAAUGUUUAUGUCUCGAAGUAUGAGACCAGCGGAAAGUUUUGGCCCAUAGUACACAGUUCAACGAUUUUUUCCUUGGUCUUGAUGCAUAUUAUUGCUAUUGGUAUCUUUGGACUUAAGAGUCUUCCCUUAGCAUCAGGCUUAAUGGUUCCUCUCCCAGUUCUCACCCUUCUGUUCAAUCAGUAUUGCCAGAAACGGUUCCUGCCUCUAUUUAAAGCUUAUCCAGCUGAGUGCUUGAUAAAGAAGGAUAAAGAGGACCAGAAUGAUCCCACGAUUGGCGAAUUCUACAAUAGGUUGGCAACUGCAUAUGAAGAUCCAGCUAUGAAGCCAACAAACUAUUUGCUAAGCACUGAUUCAUGCAGCACUCCCCUUCUUCGGUCUGCAGAAGUUGAGAACCUAGCUUGAUGAGGAAUUUCUUCUUGUAUAUUACCAGAGUUCCUGAGUUUGUUUGGGUGAUUUGUGCUGGUGACGUGAGAAAAACCUGUCUAUCCGAUACUAGUGUAAAGUUCCAAUUCAGAAAUUAUCCAUGGUUUUGGGGCUGGUUUUGAACUAAGUAUCAAGUGCCUCCAUCAGCAUUUACCAGUAUGGACUUUGGCAUUGGGUGUAUGGAAGGUGAAUCAGUGUUCUAUAUGUCCGGUCGCUGGAUAUGUAUACUUUGCCAGCAGAAGUAAAGAGAUGAGCACAUGUAUCAAACGGUUUGUAAAGAUUGAGCUGGGUGAUUCUUUAUUCUGAUUUCCAAGGGAUUAAUUCUGAAGGAUGUUUUUGCUUU